UUAUGCAUAUACCAAUGUCCUCAUAGGAUUUCAAAGCUGAACUUUAUGCUAAAUUGAUAAGAUUGAUUAUUUUUCUAUAAACUGCAGUCAUGUGACAUUACAAAAUGUACUUGUGACGCUUACAAAUAAAUUAUAGAAUUGGUUUUAAAGUAUUAUUAAAAAAAUAAAUUUCUGUGAAGGGUGGCAUGAAAAACUGUUGUAAAAUAAUGAGUGCAGUGCAAAUUUAUAUUCACAGUAAAAGCUUUUUGAUUUCUAUUUAAAUUUCCAUUUGAGUACUCCAAAAUAAACUGUCCUAAUUUGUAGAGAAGUGAGUUUAAUGUGUGACAUACAUUGUAGAUUAUAUAUUGUACAGUAAAAAUAGAGUUCAUGCAUUUUGCAAAGAGAAGAGACAUACUUAAAUAAAUUGCGUAUUUUGUCAGUCGAUAAUGAUAUAAAUAAUCACAUGCAGGCUGUCAGAGUUGUGGACUAUUAUAGAAGAACAUGAAAGGGACAGAUGGAUUGGUUAGAAAGAGAAAAAAAGAGAUGAGGAGAGGGAAAAUAAAAAUAGGGAAGAGAAAGAAAGGGCGAAGGAAGAGCGGGAGAGCGCAGAGAUCGGCGCUCGCGCGCAUUGCGCCGCGACCUUUAAUGGGCGCUGAUGGGCGCAGCCUCCCUGGAACCUGGAAUCCGAUUGCUUCCCACCCCAAUCCCAGUCGCGGAGAGUCAGUUGCUCCCGCUUGAGACGGCGCGGCUGCCUCUCAUACGCUUUCUCUCUCCCUUUCCCUCCUUCCGUGCAAGUAUCACGGUCAUUAAAAAUCGUUCGCGUCGCGAAGGAGGGGAGGGGGUCACGACCUGGAACACUGCCAUCGAUCUGCGAUCCGUUCGCCACGCAAAAAAACAGACGAAAAGAAGAGAAAAAAAGACAGAAGAUAAAAAAAAGAAGUGCAACACCCGCGCGUUACAGGGGGUUGCCCUCGUCCGAUAAUACGCCGCGGGCCCGCCGUCAGCGCGACGAAGCCAUUGACCCGCGCGUCCGUUAAUCAACCCUCUUCCCCCCUUCUUAUCGUCCAUGCGAAUUCGUGAUCGUCGCGCAAAACCCUCGACACGCGUUAUUCCCCGACGUGCGUAUCCCGACAUCCUUUAGAAAAGGAACGAGACGAAAAGGGUGGAUUCUCGCGACUCCGUGGAUCGCCGAUCAAGGUGUCGAGGGUGGAGUGAUGUCUCGUGCGCGCUACCCUGGAAGGAGCGUGUCAUCGUCGUCGCGCGUGAUCGCAUUUAUAUGCGGGAUCAUAGUGGUGUUGCUGAUGAUAAUGGGCCUGGCGUCGACCGAUUGGCUGAUGGCCCUGGGAUGGAGGCAGGGCCUAUUCGCUCACUGCAUUGAGGAAGGUGCUCCAACACCACUCCCCUUCAACAUGCCUGAUCCUCCGGGUUGCUACCCAGCCAGAGACAGCGCCUACAUAAAGGCGGCUGCGGCUUUGUGUGUGGUAUGUCUCAUUACGGACGUCGCCGCGACGAUUCUGACUGGUUUGGGUUUACGUACACAGGAUCACAGGGACAAGCACAAAUAUUACAGAUUUGCAGUAUUCUGCAUGGGCAUUGCACUGGUGUCCCUCCUAAUAGCGCUGAUCAUAUACCCCAUAUGUUUUGCAGCAGAACUGAAUCUCGGAAAUCGAACCAACUGGGAGUUCGGUUGGGCAUACGGUGUUGGUUGGGGCGCAGUCAUUUUUCUGGUUGGAGGAGCAGUACUGCUGUUAUGCGAGAAGGAAAGUGAAGAAAUUUACUAUAAGGAAAAGAAAACCGUUCGUGAUGAUAUAGGAAGUGGCGGUUCCAUGAUUGGUAUGGGACAUCACGGCGGACGAAGCGGAACGCAGCUAGCCUAGUGGCAUUGCUCCCUGCCCGAUGUUGUUCUCUAGGUGAUUUGUUUUAUCUUUUUCUGUUCUCACAGUUCAACACACAUGCGCAUACGAGAAGAUAUACAAGCCUGUAAGAAUGAUUUUUUGAUAGGGCGUUUUUGGCUAACGCAAGGGAAAUUACUUACGGAUUCUCCGAGCGAUCUAGCGUGGAUGUCCUCGAUACACAAAGUAUUGAGGUAUCAGCAGCUUCUUAAAUACAUAUAAAAUGAAUAAUCUUUCACACAAGAAUAACAAGAUGAGAAAACAUAGGUUAAUCUUUUAUAAAAUUUCCAAUAUUGAAAUUUCAAAAUAUUUAAUGCUGAAAAUUGAAAUGGGAAAAAAUAGUGGCACAUGAGUGUCUCGCGAGAAACAAUCACUUUGAAAUUAGUCGAAGAAUCCGUCAGUCGGUUUUCGUUGUUGUUUGAAAAUAUAUGAAGUAGGUGUAAUCUGUUUAUUAGAUGGGUGUGUAUUCGAGUUACGAUUAGUUUGAGAUAGGGUACAUCAUCUGAUUAAAGAAGUACGCAUUUCGAUUAUCUUUUGUUUCGACUAUUAUUUAUUUAACGAUCAAUUUUUAUACUGACAAUUUUGGGACCAUUAUUAGCUUGAUUCUGUUCUCGUAUUUCUUACAUUUUGCAUGAUCUUGGACAAUUUUAUAUACACGAGUAUAAUAUUUUUAUUGUAAUUUAAAUUAUAACGAUUUAUAACGUGACGACACUGCAUUUAUUGUCCAUAAAUUAAAUUGAUAAGACUCAUAUUUCCUGAGUCUGUGAGAUAAAAGACAAUUCUAGCAUGGAUUUUACGUUUCUUUCGCGUAAAUAAUACGUGUACACAUGCACAGUUAAUAAUUUGUUCUUAGUGAAAGUUUGAUUAGAUUCAAUUUUUUUCAUAAUUAUUUAUACUUAACAUUAAAUAUAAAAUGACUGAAAUGGCGAAAUAGAGAGAUUAUGUUAAAGCUCAUUUUAUAUUAAAUGAAUAACAACGUUUCUCUUAGCUUUACCUCUAAUAUUUGCAAUUGAAAAUUCUAAACUUUAGAGGCGCAGAUGUAAAAAUAGCUUUAGUUUUUCUUUAAUUUCAAAUAGAUUUAUUUUUAGCUGUACUUUGAGGCUUUAUCGUUGCAGAUAGACGUUGUCUAAUAUAAUACAGUGCUCGAUUAAAAUUUGGAUUCGUAAAAAAUAUCAGUUUCAAAUCGGGAUUUAUCCCAAUGCUCUAGACACCAUCUACACAUAUAACAUAAUUAUGUGUAAUUUAUUCUAUAAUUUUUUUUCCUUAGUUAUUUCACAAUCCAUUCUUUUUUACAAUGACAAACAUAUCACAUAUAUUGUUCAGUUUUGUUAAUUUGAUUUCUAAUGCAGGUUGUCCCAGAGAAAAUAUCAUAUCAUUCUCUAUGGAGUACAUAUUACUUAAGAGAUUUUAAAUAAAAUAAUGUUACAUUUAGAUACAAGUUUAUUUUAAAAAGGAAAUUAAAAUUAUAUUAAAAAGACAAAUAGAAAAAUUAUUAGUACAUUAUUAAAAAUAGAAAAAGAUUAUUAAUUCAAGCAAAGCUAAAUCUAUUGAAAAUAGAUUUUGCAAAAUAUCUACUAUAAAAUUUCAUCAGCAGAAAUAUAAUUGAAUUUUGCCAGCAGAAUAUAACAGAUUGAUUGCAGAAACUGGACAGAAUCUAUCAUUUCAUAAACAUUUAAAUCGCAUUUUAUUUAAAUAGUUACAAAAGAUCAGAUUCUGCUCGGUUUCUUUUGGCAAUUAUCAAAUUAUGUCAGUAGACUCUACUGACAAAACGGGGACGUCAAUUUAUUACAGUUUUUUUGGAACCUGCUGAUAAACUACUAAUGUUUUAUUAACAUUUUGCUUGUUAGAUAAGUGUACAAAAAUGUAGAAAUUAUGUCUUUUUUGUUCAAAGAAAUAUAGUGUAAAGAUGUAACACAUAUGUAUGAUUACAUGCAGUAGAAACUCAGCUUUGCACUAUAUAUCUUAUUAAAUAGAUAAACUAUUUAUUUUACUGAACAUCUCUCUUACUAACUUUGAAGGCUGAACACAAAUAUUUUUUCUUAACAUGCUUAAGACGUAAUUUGAAAGCACUCGAGUACGAAUACCGUCCAAACGUUCAGAAUAUUUCUGCUGGGAUAGCCUAUGCAUUUGUAAUUGAAAUUUUUAAAUAUUCAAAUAAUUAAAGAGAAGAUAUUUACAAAUUAUUGGCCUAUCAUCAACAUUUGUUCCUAUUUUUGUAAGAAAUACCGUGACUGGAAAAAAGCAAGAUACAAAUGUAAAUCAUGUAAAAUUUACCAUAAAAGUCCAACUUUGAAAAAAA